UAUUGUGCGCGAUGGUAACGCCUGAAACGCGGCUGAAUUUGGCGGGUUAGUUUGGAGGAGAACAAAAGUGCGCAACUAGUUUGGAGGGGCAGGCAAGGCAGAGGUGAGCUGAGCUCCUAGCAGAAGCCAGCAGAGGACAGCAAACCUGGUGUCUGGGAAAUGAAUAAUAACAUUAUUCAGGUUUAUGAAGAUGAAAUCCAUUCUUUGGAGGAAGAAAUAAAUAACUUAAAAGAAGAAUAUGAAUGUAAUCAACAUGAGUCUAUGGCUUAUUCUGAUAAGGAGAUAAUCAAUGCUAUGAAAUCAUUUAAAAGAAAAUCCCAAGAAGAACCUAAGCAAUAUGGAUCAUCUCCAGAACUGAAAACUCAGCUUGACUUAUUAGAGUCUGAUCUCUCAUUUAUAAUGAAAUUAACCGGCAUUUGGUUCACAAAGUAUUCCAGGAAACCUGUGGAGAAAAGUGAAAGUAAAACUAUAUACAAGUAUAGAUUAUCAGGAAAUUGCCAGACAGUGCCCUUUCAAUUGGAAUUUCAGCUGCUGGAAGAAAACCAGGCUAGCAAAAAUGUGUCUGCUGUUGUUUCUGACCUUAGCAUCAUAAUAGAAUCUGAAGAUCAUUCUGGUUUAACCAAGCUUGUUUCCAGGGUUGAAGAGAGUGGAAAUCUCUUGCUGUUUUUCAAGAGCCUCUCCUGUUUUUCCGAGUGGUAUAAACACCGGAAGCGCACUUUUGCACAUUUCAAGAGAAAGUAUCCUGACAUUGUGGCACUUCCUGAAGGAUCAUCUGGAGACAGCAUGGCCUUAAGGAGUCCUGAACAUUCUGGAUUUGAGUUGAUGAUUAUCUGGAAGAUACAUGUUGACAAAGAAGGAAUAGUGACACCAGUCUUGGAUCUCCUGAACAAAAUACCAAUGCCAGAAGCCAGCAACUUUGCACAAGAAGCUCCCCACUGCUUCAGGAGCCUGCUGCAUGUGCUUGGGAUUGAAGCCUCCAUUGAAGCACUGAUCAAGUCACUUUGCACAGGCAAAUAAGCUACCAGGAUAAUCUUAAGUUAUGCAUCUAUACUUUUAUUGAAUAGAAACAUUAAGUUAUUUUCCAUUUAGAAACCAUAUCUAUAAAACAUGCUAUCUGUACAAUUAUGGCACAUAUAUAUAUAUAUAUAUAAAUUGUCAUGACAAAUAAAUACAGCCAUUUAAAUACAAAAUGCCAAAUAAAAUAUACAAGUAGAGUGAA